AUGUGUGUCAAAAGCAUUUAUGAAAAGAAGUUCAUCGCCUCGACACCUUUGAGGCCUCGUCUUCGUGUUGGCGCAUAUCCUACGUUGUUUUCUGCUAGCGAAAUCAGCAGUGGCAUACCGCAAACUAUGCACACUGUUCAUGACUCCGACAGUGCUGUUUUAGAGCAUAGUUAUGCUAAAAAAAGGGUGCAUAAAGAUCAUAGUUACUCUAAAAGUGAACCUACAAAGAAACGUAUGCGAACUGGAACUGAAAGUUAUUCAACUGCUUCUUCUGAUAACACAUACCUUGAUUAUACAAAGACGAUGUCUGAUGUUAUGCCUUCUACUUCAGGCUGUGAAAACAAAGUCUCAGAAAACCUCGUCAACAAAGGGAUCAAUGCUCAAGUAUUUGAUGCAGUAAAACAAGAGGUAAAGACAUGGGAAGAAAAUAAAAUAUUUUGCUCAAUUAUUUUUGAUGAGGUUGCAUUAGAAUCAGGCUUGACAUAUGAACGAAAACAAGACUCAAUCAUUGGAUUUGUUGAACUUCCUGAAAAGACAAAUGACUUUGCCGACCAUGCACUUGUCUUUAUGCUAAGAGGAUCUAUUUAUAAAUGGCAACAGCCAUUGGCUUACUAUUUCUGUAAGGGGGCAACAUCUGGGUUUCAGCUAAAGACAAUAAUCAAAGAUGUAGUAACAGCUGUAGGAAAUACAGGACUUUUACCUAUUGCUGUAGUCUGUGAUCAGGGGACUGCCUUUCAAUCUGCUCUGAAAAGUCUUCAAGAGGACACACGGAGGGAGCAAAUAAGAUUUGGUGAAGAAAUUGAUGAUAUCAUUAUGAUCAAUGGACAUUCACUCAGCAUUAUUCAUGAUCCACCACACCUCAUCAAGGGUUUGAGAAACAAUUUUAUGAUGAAAGAUAUCAAACUGGAAAAUAAAAUUUCAAAAUGGAAUGACAUUGUGGAUGUAUACAAAACUGAUUGCAGUCAUGCUCAGAUGAGAUUGUUACACAAAUUGAAUGAUGAACAUGUCAUUCCAGAAAAAAUUAAAAAGAUGAAGGUGAAAAAUUGUGUGAGAGUGUUUAGCAAAACAGUGGCAGCUACUCUCUCCUACACUGCUCAGUUUUCUCAUUACGCUGAUGGGACACAAAAAAAAAAAUAUAAAGGUCCUGAGACCAAGAUACUU